CACCCUUUGGCACGUGUGAAGUUUAAAACUGACACCGACCAUAUACACUAUCUGCUCUCUCUCGCUUCCUACUUCUCCUCUCCUCUGCCCUCGUCUCCUUCAUCCACACCUCCAUUAAUACGCAGCCCUUCCAUUCCUCUUUCUUCAUUUCUGGCGUAGACACUGACCAUAAAUAUGAACAGUAAAUCCAGAGUCCUUUCCUGAAAUACCAAUUUCGUCGAUCGAGUUCUCUUCAAUGGCCGCAGCUGCCACAGCCCCAACUCUCUUUCUCGUCCCUUCUCUCGGAUUCUCUUCGCCUUCCUCCUCUUCUUCUACUUCUUCUACCUCAUCAUUAUUCUUUACGGGUAGCUCCCAUCUUUUGUCCCAUAAGAAUUUCGCCUAUGUUUCUUUAACUUCUCUUAAGUUCAGGACCAAGGCCUCCACCUAUCGUUUUCGACCUGUGAUUAAUGCUUCCGGGGAUUACUAUGCUACUCUUGGAAUUCCCAAAUCUGCUACUAAUAAAGAAAUCAAGGCUGCUUAUCGAAGGUUAGCUCGCCAGUACCACCCAGAUGUUAACAAGGAACCUGGAGCAACUGAAAAGUUCAAGGAAAUAAGUGCUGCCUAUGAGGUGCUAUCAGAUGAUAAAAAGAGGGCACUGUAUGACCAGUAUGGUGAAGCUGGAGUUAAGAGUGCGGUAGGAGGAGCAUCAAGUGCUUAUACGACCAAUCCUUUUGAUCUAUUUGAGACAUUCUUUGGGCCAACCAUGGGUGGUUUUCCUGGCAUGGAAACUGGGUUCGGUACACGCCGCCGUAGUACUGUUACUAAGGGUGAAGACAUACGUUAUGACAUCACUUUAGAAUUUUCUGAGUCUAUAUUUGGAUCUGAAAAGGAAUUUGAGCUUUCUCAUUUGGAAACUUGUGAAGUUUGUACUGGUACUGGAGCAAAGCUGGGCUCCAAGAUGAGGAUAUGCUCCACAUGUGGUGGCAGGGGUCAAGUUAUGAGAACUGAGCAAACACCCUUUGGCCUGUUCUCACAGGUUUCUCUAUGUCCCAAUUGUGGUGGGGAAGGUGAAGUCAUUUCUGAAUACUGUCGAAAAUGCUCUGGUGAAGGGCGUGUUCGUGUUAGGAAAAAUAUCAAAGUCAAAGUUCCUCCUGGAGUUAGCACAGGCAGUAUUCUCAGAGUUGCUGGAGAAGGUGAUGCUGGACCAAGAGGUGGUCCUCCUGGAGAUCUUUUUGUGUAUCUGGAUGUUGAGGAGAUAGCUGGAAUCCAAAGAGAUGGCAUAAAUCUCAACUCAACAAUAUCUAUCACUUAUCUUGAUGCAAUUAUGGGGACAGUAGUUAAGGUAAAGACAGUUGAAGGAGUAAGUGAACUUCAGAUUCCAGCAGGUACUCAGCCUGGGGAUGUGCUAGUCCUGGCAAAGAAAGGUGCACCUAAGCUGAAUAAACCAUCUAUACGCGGUGAUCACUUAUUUGUGAUUAAUGUUACCAUACCAAAACGUAUAAGUGCCAGCGAGCGUGAGUUACUUGAAGAACUUGCUUCUCUGACUAGCACUAAUGGUACUCGUCCACGAACUCGCUCCAGAACUCAACCUAUAAGUAGAAGUACGGAAAGUCAGGAGGAAACUGUUGCUGAGAAAAGUGAGGAGUCAGGGGACCAAAAUGACGUAUGGACGAAGUUGAAAGAUUUUGCUGGGUCUGUUGCAAAUGGAGCUCUAAAAUGGCUGAAAGACAACCUCUGAGUUUGAAGUCUUCACUAUGUGACCCUUUGACAUGCAGUCUUCACUAGUUUGAAAUUUUCCACCAGAUUGUGUGUGCCCGUCAAGACAUGGUCCCAGGGGCCAAGCCAUUGUUUACUUAGAUUUUUUUUCCGCUGAUAUUUUCUCAGCAUUGCGCUGAAGAUAAUUAAUAGGCGCUCUAGUGAAGAUUCUUCGAAUUUUUUCCCCUCCUGUAAAUUUGUAUGGCAAGCCGCUAAACAUUAAUCUCUUCUCGAAUAUUGUUUGAGCAGGUUAUAGCAUCAACACCGAGUAAAUGUAAGCAAUAUUUCUGGAAAUUAUAUUUGAUUUUUCAAUUUAUGAAGUUAGGGAGCUGCAUAAGCUUGAGCUUCUUUUGCUCUC